AUGCCGCUUCUUCUGAUCCAGUACAGACAGAAGGAUGUCGAUCGCAUCACAGGUGAAAACCAGCACCGUCUCUGUUGUACCGCAGCAGCAAGACUUUUAGAGUCAGUCGGUAUUACCGAACACCCGAUCUUCAGCUUUAUAUCGGACGGACCUCAUGUGGUUCUAGCAAGUGCUUGGGCAAAGGAUGAGACGGUGCAUAUUUUUGAGAGGCAUCUGUUGUCAUUUGACAUAUCGACUGCCAUCGGGGCGUGGCACUACGCAACAGUACUCGCACGCAUCGCCAUCAUUUAUGGCCCAAAAUUAUCGGAUCGAUUUGCUCAGGUGGAAAGCGACCUUAUUCGGCGUGUCGAAACCGAAUCUCCAAGCUUACGUUGGAAACAAACGCACGAAGUGGAAGUGGAAUAUGUCACAGACGCAGGGGCGGAGAAAAGAUAUACUACGGACAACAACAUCCCAAUCAAGUAA